GUCAGCUCCGCAGCCCGCGCCCGGCACACACGCAUCGCCGCGCCCUCGAGUCCCCCGCAGUAAAGUUCGGCUCAACUUUGACGCCCUGUGCCUCCCACCUCUCUGCAGGUCCUCGGCGGCCGAGGCGAAGCAGGCGGCGGCGGACACCAGAGCGCAGCCCCGGAGCCCUACGCGGCAGUCGGCGGCUACAGCGACAGUAGCAGAGGAGCGCGCGAGUGGGCGCCGGAGGGGACCCGGCGAGCACCUAGCCCGGAGCGCACCUUUUGGAACCGCGGGUGGGUGCGGGCCUCACAGGACGCGGGACCUCUGCCGCUUGAACGGGAGCUCACGCUGCAAUUGAUUGGGCCCCGCCGGGCGGGCGCGUGUGUCCCAGGGAGCCGGUGCGGAAGGCAGAAGGGCAGGAAGUCGGCGUUCUGCAGCGAGGGUGGCGCGACCGCGCGGGGACCGAGCCUUCCUUAUUUAUGUGCCUGCCAGAGCCCGUCUGCUUCCUCAGAAGACUUCAAGGAGAGUGUCCGAGCUGCCAUCCCCAAGUGUGAGGACGCAGCGCUGGAUGUCAGAACAACAUGCUUAUCCAUUAAACUCCAAACUUUUCUUUUUUUAAACCCAAAGAAUAUCGGUGGCUCUUGCCCACUGCUAGAAGAGGGAGCCCAGGGCUCUUGAGAUGCAGCAGAAUCCGUAUUUAUAACAAGGCCCUGUAGUGCUAUGCAAGCCCCCUCCUCUCCUUAAGUUUUCUAGCCUAUGGAUAUCGCUUUUGAGUUUUGAGAUUAGAUUGCGCACUCUGCACUGGGUCCUGCAACCUCCAUCCUUUCAAUGCCCUGUUAUUUUUGGGACUGCUGGCCUUCCCUGGAGAUUAGAGCGGUCCUGUGUGCCAUGGGCUGUAUUCAGAGCAUCGGAGGCAAAGCCAGAGUCUUCCGGGAAGGGAUUACCGUGAUUGAUGUGAAAGCCUCCAUCGACCCCAUCCCCACCAGCAUUGACGAGUCCUCCAGCGUGGUACUGCGCUACCGGACACCCCACUUCCGGGCCUCAGCCCAAGUGGUCAUGCCGCCCAUACCCAAGAAGGAAACCUGGAUCGUUGGCUGGAUUCAGGCAUGCAGCCAUAUGGAGUUUUACAACCAGUAUGGGGAGCAGGGCAUGUCUAGCUGGGAGCUCCCCGAUCUCCAGGAAGGAAAGAUUGAGGCCAUCAGUGACUCUGACGGGGUGAACUAUCCCUGGUACGGUAAUACCACGGAGACCUGCACAAUUGUGGGGCCCACCAAGAGAGACUCCAAGUUCAUCAUCAGCAUGAACGAUAACUUUUACCCCAGCGUCACGUGGGCCGUGCCCGUCAGCGAGAGCAACGUGGCCAAACUGACCAACAUCUACCGGGACCAGAGCUUCACCACGUGGCUGGUGGCCACCAACACCUCCACCAAUGAUAUGAUCAUUCUGCAAACCCUGCACUGGCGUAUGCAGCUUAGCAUUGAGGUGAAUCCCAACCGGCCCCUGGGCCAGCGGGCCAGGCUGCGGGAACCCAUUGCCCAAGACCAACCUAAAAUCCUAAGCAAGAAUGAGCCCAUCCCGCCCAGCGCCCUGGUCAAGCCCAAUGCCAAUGACGCUCAGGUCCUCAUGUGGAGGCCCAAGUACGGGCAACCGCUGGUGGUGAUCCCGCCCAAGCACCGGUAACAGCCAGGUCGCUGCGAGGUGAGACUCAACGUAACAAUAUUACUGCUCAGAAGGAAACCCAGAUGCCCUGUCCGGUCAUUCAGAAAAAUACAACCAUUCUACCUUCUCCCCGGGGCGGAUCUCACUGUGCUAAUACCCGCUGGCCUCCUGGCUCAUCCCCGUGCUUCCCUGCAGGGAGGGGGGCCAGUAGGACAACAGGCGCCCACCCCAACCCCAGGGCUCCUCUCCUCCCCUCACAACCUCAGUGUUCAUUGCAGCCGACUCUCUGAAACACAGCUUUUUUAUUUUCCCCUCCUCUUUGUGGAUUGGGGGGCAGGGGAGAAGGCUGAUUGUCAGGGAACCCAGCCUGCCCUUCCCAACUCCCCCUGCCCUCCUCCUCUGCCAUGCGGCCUUAUGUAGACUCGCUUUGCCAAACUUUUGCCUUAAGCUGGAUUUAAAGGAGAGAAAGAAACGGAAAGGUCACGGAUCGCUGCCCUCUUCUGUCAGAGCCGGAAAGAGGGGAGGCCCACGGGAGCCCCUGCCCCUCUCCCGGGGUGUCUGGGUGAGGGACAAGAGUUGGAUCUCAGGUGUAAAACCAGCUGUUUUAUUCUGUCGUUUGGGCGGAAUCAAAACCACAGACUCUGCCUAGAGCUCCACCCCAGUAGAACCCCUCCCCAGUACCCACCAGGGGUGCAAGCUGAGCCGGGCAAAGAUCCUUGACCCCUCCUCUCUCUUCAGAAGCCUUAACUCGCCUGGUGGAGGUAUUCUGGGUAAAGAAACGGGGAGUUCCCAAAGUGUUAGGUUGGGGCUAGGGAACUUUUUCACUUUUGCUAUCUCUAGAGCCCACCCCAAGGGGUGUGGCUUUUUCUCUUCCACUUACCUUGGUCCCAAAUACCUGGCAGGGUUAAGGUAGGGGCAUUGCCACUCAGUCUGGACAGUGCCAGCUGUCUCAGGGUAAAGAAGGUGUGCCCUUUUGUCCUGGCCAGCACUGUUACACUUGAAUCUGGGGUUCCAGCACCCAGGGAUGCCCAUGCGCUAGCACACUGUAAAGAAGCCAUGUUAGGGCUUCUGGCUCAUUCUCAGGGGAAGCGGAUCCCAGACUCUCUGGGGUGGGCUUAGAUAGGCUCAAAGUACCCGCUGGAGGGUGCUUGGGCUCCUCCCCUCCCCAUCAUAGGUGCUUCUGGGGAGGUGUGUGGAGGUCUGGGGAGCAGUCAGCUGACUCAAUGUCUCUGUCUGAAGAAGGAAACCCAGGCCCAGUGCUAGAGAGUCUCCCAUGCUUGAGCGGUGUCAGGCCAUUGUGAAACUGGCUUGACAACAUAGUAUGUAGUUUUGGGGUCUACCUUCUGGAGCACUAGAACUGGGCCUUGAGUGAUAUCAAGGUUUCUAGAAAUGUCUGCUUUGAGCUGCUUGAGGGAUACUCCUUGAAGCAUGCAUCACUGGAUUCGAACCAAUAAUAAGCACAGAAAACCGUUAUCACAGGAAAAAAAAUGUUUUUGCUGCUGCUGAGCCAUUUGUAGGGGAACCUUGGAGACAGCGUGGGAGGGUACAGCUAGAUCCCAGCUCUGUUUCUACACUCGAGAUGCUUGUCCUUCCGGGCUACUUAAUGUCUGGUCAUUCUCAGCCAGUAGAGCUGGGGGCUGCAGCCACCUGGCAUACACCGAGCAGAGCAUGCCCAUGGCACAGUUGCUGGAGAGCCGCUUGUCAGGGUUGACGUCUCUGGAGCCUUCCUUUUCUCUAGGUGGAGGCUGUCACCUUAGCUGGGAGAGCCAUGAGGUCGCAGCCCCACACUAGAUCAGGGCUGCUGUUGACUGGAAAGGCCUUCUGUGUGUUCAGGAUUGCCCUGAAGAAGAGAGACAGGCCCUGGUGAGGGUUGGGAGGCAAGUCUUUGUCCUGGGCUGGGUGGUCUGGAAGGGUUUUGUGGGCUUAGGGAUUAGGAAUCCCAGUAGGGGUGGCCUGAACUGCUCUGGACAUGGGGACCCCCUCCAACCCACAUUUCUUGAGCUCCUUCCCCACUGCAUGCCUGGCUUUGCCUCCCUGGCUUCCUUGGCUCCUCUUUCCUCACUACCCUCCUGCCUGGCAGAAGACAGGGCUGGGGAGAACCCCAGAGAGGCUGUGUGGAUCUUCGAGAGAGCACCCAGCUUCUCUGGGGCUGCUCCCCUCAGCCCGUUGCCUCAUACUGUCGACAGACCCCAGGCUUUUCCUUCACACCCAUGCCCACCCAGGCAUGGACACUCACUGUUUCCAGCAAUAAGCACCAACCGUCCUUGGUCACGGACAGUACUGUGAACACAAACCCAUGCGUGCACUUACCAGCAGACGCGAGACUCUUGAAGACAAUGUCAGAUGAACCUUUUUUUUUUUAAAGAUUGAAAUCAAAGAUAUAAAGAGAAAUAAAAUUAAUUUUAAAGCA